CCGCACCUCGUCACAAGAAUAAGUGAACGAGGACUUGUAUGUACGUUUCGUGUUUGCCUGCAAAUACUGCUACUCACCAUUCAAGAUCAAACACCUUCUACCCUCUGCCAACUAAUUCCGCAAGACAUAACAACAUGAUAUUCUCUUUGCUUCUCGCAUGAAGUCACCCACUUGGUGAAGACUCUCUGCAGAGUCCAAGUCAAUCCCCGAGUCCUCUCUGUCCAUCUGUCAGCCUCGACCCAAACUUUUCCACAACUUCUGAUACGUCUCACAACACCUCGAGAUGGAUGAAGCCAUUGCCACGGUGGUCAUGGUCACCGGGACCACUACUGAAUUGGCCACACAAUACGUUCAACUCGCCGACGGCGAUCCCAACCAAGCCGUACAAUUAUUCUUUGAAAAUGGUGGCGCAGAUCUUACAGGCUCAUCUUCUCAACCUCCGCCGCCCUCCACCUCACAUCCUGCGGGUGGCGCCGAAAACCCUAUCGAUAUAGAUGCAGAAGAGAAUAUCUCAGAUGACAAUGACCCUGCGGUUACUGGUUUCAAUAAAAGACCUCGGAACGAUGCUCCUUCACAACCUAUGGCUGCCGCAGGUUACGAAGAUGAUGAGGCCAUGGCCAGACGGUUACAAGAGGAGAUGUAUGGUGAGGGCGGUCUGGAUGAGGGUGUUGUCCGAGCGCCAAUCGCUCGACAAGCAGAGACACUGGUAGGGCCAGGCGCUGACGCUCUGCCCGGGCUGGGGGUCGGAGAUGAUGAUCACGAUGCUGCGAUUCAAGAGCGGAUGCUCGCUUUCCAAAGACGGAGGAACCAACCACGCCCUGGAAUAUUCAACCAACACGAACCAUCUAGUAUCUGGGAUCGAGACAUGAUGAAUGAAGAUCCCGCCCGCAACUACCUGGCCGAAGCAACUGGUGGUGCGUCCGAAGCGUCUUCAAGGUCUACUAGGCUCGCGAGACUUUUCCAACCACCAUGGGAGCUAAUGUUCAAGGGUGAGUGGGAUGAUGCAAGAGACGAGGGAAAAGAGCACAAGAAGUGGAUAUUGGUCGACAUUCAAGAUCCAUCCAUAUUCGACUGUCAAGCUCUCAACCGCGAUCUGUGGAAGAAUGAAGGUAUCGUUGAUACGCUGAAGGAGAAUUUUCUUUUCAUCCAGUACAACAAGGACGACCCUAGAGCCACACAGUACAUCCAGUACUACUUCCAGGACCAUAGCAGUCCAGACGCUUAUCCUCAUGUUGCCAUCGUCGACCCAAGAACAGGCGAACAAAUCAAACUCUGGUCACGAAAAGUACCUUCUGCGCCGGAAUUCUUAAUGCAGAUCCACGAAUUUCUUGACAGAUACAGUUUGGAGAACAACGCACGCAACCCAGUCGCCAAAAGAAAAUCCGAAACAAAGAAAGAGAAGCCAGUCGAUCAGUUGAGCGAGGAAGAGAUGCUUGAGCGGGCGUUGCAGGCAAGUUUAGCUACGCAGACUCAGGAACAGCAACAAUCGCCACCAGCCGAAGAUCCAGACGAUCUAACCCGCAGCGUUGGAGAUUUGCGCCACGCUGCAGGUCCGUCGAUUGACGAUGUUAUGGAUGUUGAUGCCGACGCGAAUGGCGGUGCAGCCUCUGCAGAAGCGACCCCAUUCUCACAAAUACCAUCGGAUCACCCACAUGUCGAGCCUUCAGCUGGACCAGGCGUCACGCGGGUGCAAAUUCGACAUCCCGGUGGCCGGGUUGUUCGACGGUUCGCUGAAGGUGACCCAGUGCAACGAAUUUAUGAAUACCUGAAGGCAGAACCCUUGGAGGGCAGGGACGGAGCAGACUUUGAGCUGGUUUCAAUGGGCAAGAACCUUAUUGAUUCUCGACAAGAAUCCAUCGAAGCCGCUGGCUUGAAGAACGGAACCGUUAUGGUGGAAUUUGUGGAGUAAUGCCGCUUGAUGCAGAGAUGCCGUCUUCCUUGGGCCGACGAGAGUCAUUGUGAGGCGUUCUAAGCCCAGCUACACUAGAGAUACCACCUGGGUGACAUUAUGUUGUGCCGAAAGGGAACCAGUCUCCCGCAGCUUGUAAUGAAAAUACAACACCAUGUCGCGAUCUCUUCUUAAGAGUGUGUGUUUCUAAAAGUGAACUGUAGCUUUUCUGCUGUGGAAAUUGUUUUAUCUGCGCGUCGAGUGACGCGUCGGACCAAUGAGAGCAGCGAACAGGCCUCGACGACAGAUGCGGUAAAACGAGUAAACAGAAGUCGAGCCCUUUC